AUGAGAGAUUGUAGGGUUUUAGUACUACUUUCAGUUUCGCAACGGGGUUCUAGCAUAAUGGCUUCCGCGGUGAGGGUCGCUUCAAGAUCCUUGGUUAAUCGAUCUAGAAGCUUCGUCCAGAGCUCAACGACGCCGUUUGUCUUCUCUCCGUCUUCCUUAGCACGCAUUCCUCGUGCUUCAAGGGUUUUAUCGGUUGUGAGAAACGUUGAGUCGUUGAUGCCUCUACACAGUGCUAUCGCGAAUGCUAGGCUCACGUCCAACAUCGCCUUCGAUUCCACCUGCUGGAGCUCGCUUUCUCGAGACUUUGCAGUUCCUCGGUGA